UGAGAAACCUUACCCGUCCUGUCCACCACUCUCAUAGCAAAGACCAAGACCAUAUCCUUCCACUUGCUAUGGCGGCGGCGGCGGCGACGGCGACCACGACCUCUCCGGCGAGGGCUUCGUGGCGGCCUACGGUUCCCGCGACCUCGGCAUCGGCAGCAGGAGUCUGCUUCCGUGUUGGAGCGAAGCGCUUUCCAGGGCUCCGAACGGCAAGCACCUGUCGGCACCGACACCGAGGCAGAACAAGGCUCACAACAGCUCACGUCAAGAGCGGGGAAGCCGAGGGGCGUCCAAGCACGGAGGAGAGCGCAACUGGCAUCGGCGGCCCGGACGAGGACUCCUUGCGGCGCGAGCUCGAAACCGCGAUCGAGGAGGAGGACUACGCGCGCGCCGCGGCGCUCCGGGACGAGCUGCGCGUGCUCCAGGAGGACUGCCGGGCCGCGGUGCUGGCGGCGAACGCGCGGUUCUACGCCGCGUUCAAGGACGGCGACCUGGCGGCGAUGCGCCGGGCCUGGGCCAGGGGCGACCACGUCUACGUGGUGCACCCGUCGGCGGGGAGGAUCUCCGGGUACGAGAUGGUGAUGCAGAGCUGGGAGAUGGUGUGCGACGCCGGCUACGAGUUCCCGCUGCAGGUGGACCUGCAGGACGUGGAGGUGCGCGUGCGGGGCGGCGUCGGCUACGUCACCUGCCUGGAGAUGGUCAGGACCAAGGGGAGCAGCAGCUGGGGCAAGCAGCUGGCCACCAAUGUGUUCGAGGAGGUGGACGGCGAGUGGCUCAUGUGCGUCCACCAUGCCUCGCACUUCGAUGAGUGAAAUCGCUUUGCAAUUCGAUCGAUCGAUGAGCGGAAAUAAUUUUGGUCGGCCGUCAGUACAGAAACAUAUGGAUUCAGAUUUCGGAAAUGUGAUCUCUCUCUCUCUCACA